CCACUACGGGGCAAUCAGUUCCGGACUUUAUACUCUACGCACUUCUUUUCUUUCUCCUGUCCCCUUUCUUCCACAACCCCAUAUCUCAACCCCACGUCAUGUCCCCUUCGAUCUCCAUUCUCAAACAACCACAUCCCCCCGCCCUCGAACCAUUUCGGGCUGCCGUUCCCCCGGUGCUGACCCGGUUGUUGCAUCAUCCCGAAUACUUUCCCAUCCGCACCUGGUCACGCAUUUUCAAAUCCGAGUCAGGUGAGGAUGGCUAUUUUGCCAGGACACUGGCCUCCCCAUUGACGAUUCCCCAUGUCUGCACCCUCCGUCGCCAACCGGAACUGCUCGCACCCCUCCCUGAUAUUGCUCCUGUCUGGCCCGCUCCCAACUCGGUGUCUCAAAUUGAGAACCCAGAUCUCUACUUAGUCUUGCAGCUAGCGACGCCAGGGAUCUCCGGUCAUCCCUCCACCGCUCAUGGCGGUCUCUUGGCGACCUGCAUCGAUGAGGCCAUGUCCUAUGCCGUCGCAUUGCACGCCCCGGAGACAGGCGCCGCCGGGGCUCUCUCCGCCCACCACCCGCGCGGCAUGCUGUACACUGCCCAGCUGGACAUUCGUUAUCGCGCACCCGUCGCCGUCCCGGGCUAUGCGCUUGUCCAGGCCAAGGUAUUGGCGCGGGUAGGUCGCAAGUUCUGGGUGCAUGCUCAAAUCCUACAGCCAGGCGAGGCGGACGAGGACCCGCUCCGCGUUACAACCGAUGCAAUUGCCUUUUGGCUUCAAACGAAAGCAGCCUUGUGAAUCGCGUGGCGUCUCAGGUGCGAUUCUAAAGAAUUCAAGGCCUCGCACAGCAAAGACCCUGCUGAUCGAAUGCGAGUCCUUGCAUUUUUCUUGCACAUAUUAAUGCUACUAGAUAGAUUUAUGUAUAUCUCUUCAUUUGUCUACAUACCUUUACUGAAGAUAGAGAUUCUUUAUUUAUUGACAUACACACUCGAGACCAGCCCAUGACAUUGGCCUCCGAAGACUUCUACAACUUCGGCCGACGUCCUAGAUUGCGGCUCGCACUCACCACCAAGCC